AUGACGACGGCUUUCGGUCGGUCGGUUGCAGCUUCCCCAACGCUGGAUGAGGAUGAAUUGUUAGCUAAUCGGGUGGGCAUAGUGGUGGGAGCCGUCGGAAAUACACUGUCACAGCUCUUCUUCGGCACCGAUGAGGUUCGGUCCGAGGUGACCUUCUGGUGUUCGAAACCCGAUCAUCUGCCGUAUCAGCAAGUGUUCGUUAACGAUCCGUAUGUUCACGAUAAAAUAGACGUUACGAAGGCGAUUCUUAUCCUAACCCAUGGUUGGACGGAUAACGUUAACCGCACCUGGGUGCGGGAGAUUGUGGUUGAUUACAUCGACAACGUCGGAGGAAACAUCUGCGCGGUGGACUGGAGCUAUCUGGCACUGGUGGAGUACAACCUGGCGGCUCGUAAUACCGGCAAAGUGGGACGGUACCUGGCGAAAUUCAUCAAAUUUCUCCUCUCGGAAGGACUUACCGUCGAUCAGGUGACGCUGGUAGGCCACAGCAUGGGAGCUCACAUUUCCGGCAUCGCCGGAGCAGCACUGGACGGGAAGGUGCCAAUGAUUGUGGCACUGGAUCCGGCGGGACCAUCCUUCACGAAGCCCUUCCUGGUGUCCGCUCAGAAGCGGUUGGACAAGACUGACGCCCGGUUCGUGCAGGCGAUUCACACCGACAAAAACAUCAUCGGAACGGCGACAAAUGUCGGCCAUCAGGAUUUUUACACCAACAACGGGGCUAGCCCACAGCCGGGCUGUGAGUUCCCGUUGGUCAACAACGAUACCACGAAAGCUUAUCUUCAAUUCAUCUGCAGUCACUUUAAGGCAGUGGAAUAUUUUCGGGCUUCCUUAAACCGGAACAACAUCUUUAUGGGCACCAAUUGCCACUCGUACUUCUUCUACCGUCGGGGUGAAUGUGCCAACAACACACGGGACGACUUUGGACUCUACAACAGCAAACGAGCCCUCGGACCGCUGUUCAUCUCGAUAGACAAAACCGUUUACCCGUACGCCAAAUCCGUAUCUCGAAAUACAUGA